AUGGUUGGGUCUUUCGCCAGGAUAAUUUUUUUCGGGCGCGCAGACGAAGUCCCGCGUGACGACGGCACCAGGUUCACACCGGGCAAUGCGAAUCUCAGUGGGCCAGGUCCAGAAGACAGAUACGUUCGUUGUUGUGUGUCUUUUCUACAGAGAGCUCGUUUCAAGCCGGCCGGCCAACGGUGGCUUCGUUUCCUUUACCAAGCAAAGGAAUUGGCGAUCUCCUUGGAGGACACUGUUAGGGCGUUGUUGAACACUUCAGUCAUGGAGAGGCUCACUUUUAUCGAUCCUGUGGAUCCGCCACGGCCCGCCACACCACGUCGCAGAUCGCGGUCUGCAGAUUCAAUUCUUAGUUCAUCGAAUACAAGGGGGUUCACGUUGUCCAAGCUCCAUGGCGUUGUCGACGCAGUCAUGGAUGCUGUGAAACGUUGGAAGCCAGCCGAGACUGAAUUGGAACGAGACAUCAAUCAAACAGAGCACAGGCGUCUCGCACGCGAAAGUGAACGAGCACAGGCGAAUGCAGUUGCAGCCCGCUUCACGCCCGAGUUCUUCGAGAACCGAUUGGCGCUCUUAGAGCAAGAUGGAUCAGCACCACAGCUCGAACAGGAAAUACAGCGCAUCGCCGAUGAUCUGUACGAGGUUGUUCGAGAUGCCGUUCAAGCGUCUGAAUUAAAUCAUCAAGAACAGACACAGUUGAUAGACGCUUUCAAAAAUGCUAUCACAUGGGUCGGGCGUGGGCGCUUGUCAGAUCCGCCCCAAUUUUUGUGGGAGACAUUGUGUCGCAUAUUCACAACGCAGAAAGUUGAUAAUGCCUGCCAGUAUUGGGGCCCUAUGCAGGCUAUUCUGGCUCUUCUUAGGUGCCAUCAGACAUGCGUCAUUCUCUGCGAGGAGGAGGUUCGAGGUCAGACUUCAUGUCUUGAAGUAUGCUCUCAUCAUUCAGUCAAGGUUGAGAAGACGAAUUGUCUACAGCAGGUGAAGCGAAUCAUGCGAGAAUCGCACGGUGAUGUCGUAUGGUAUUUGUUCGGGCACAUGGAGAAUCAUUUCGGAAUGCUCUUGGAUGAAGGCCGCCCGCUCAAACACGACGACAUUAAAUCACUUGUUGAUUUUGCGAAAGGUUGCUUUGGCGAUGGCCGUUGCAACUUGCGACUCGUAUUCGUGAACGGGUGCGGUACGAAGUGUGGGAACAAUUUCGGUGAGCAAUUGAAUGCAGCUGGAGUGCCAUGCGUCGUGUAUUGGGAUGAUAAGGUGAUUCCAGAUGUAGCUACGCGUUUUGCACACGAGUUUUUCAAAUCAUAUUUUACUGACCAGCGUGGUGAACAAUCUGCGUUUGAAGCUGCAUUGAAGAUUCCAGGUGUCGAGUUUGGGGUUUCUCCUGAGGAUGCGGAACGUGUCGGAGCUUGUUCGGGAAGACUCAAGUCGACGAACAAUGAUGCGGGUAGCGUUCCGAUGAUUCAAAUGCAACGACGCCAAGCCAAUUCAACGAGCCACAGAAAGGGUGAAUGUCGAGCAUAUCCAGCAUGCGCGAUCUAUAUCUGGAGAGCUCGACCGCUGCAGGCGUAG